CAACCCACCAGGCCCGAGGUCGCUCACCUCUGAGCAGGUAGCUCUGCUACACACCGUCCACUCUCAGUGCCCGGAACCUACGCUCAACCGCUGCAGCGCGACCGGACCGGUUAACCCAGAACACCCGCGCUCUCGGAUUGGAGGAGCUAACGUCCAUCGCCGCAAAGCAAGUAUUCUCGGUGCCAUGAGCUCCCUAAGGGAUCAGGUGCGUGACUGGCACCGCGGCGUACAGGCGGUGGCGCGCGGGGACUGGGACUGCGCGCUGCGAUUCUUCUCCGGCGUCCGACAGCCGCCGGCCAAGAUAUGCUUCAACGUGGGCUGCGUGCACCUGAUGGCCGGGGAUCCUGAGGCCGCACUGCGGGCAUUUGACCAAGCAGUGACCAAGGACACCUGUAUGGCUGUUGGCUUCCUUCAGCGGGGAGUGGCCAACUUCCACCUGGAGAGGUUUCAGGAGGCUGUGUCUGACUUCCAGCUGGCCCUGAUACAACUGAGGGGCAAUGCUGCCAUUGACUACACACAACUGGGCCUGCACUUCAGACUGAAAGCCUGGGACGUGCUGUACAACAUGGCAUCAGCACAGUGCCAGGUAGGGCUCUGGACCCAGGCUGCCAAUACACUAGAGGAGGCCAUCUCCAAGUGGCCAGAGGGGGCCCAGGAUAGCUUGGACAUUGCUUUGAACCAAGUGCAGACACAGGUCCCCUUGAAGCUGUGGCAAGUCCCCAAGGGUGAGGUCUUCUGGCCUCCCAGGCAGCACCUGAAGCACCUGGAACCAAUGGAUUUCCUCGGCAAGGCUAAGGUGGUUGCCCCUUCUAUCCCUGAUAACCAACACUCAGACGUCUGGCUUCAACAGAGACCCCAGGUGGAGCAAGUUGGCUCUCCGCCUCCUCCAUCCACAGGGUUGCUGGCAUCUGAGAGGCCUGGGCCAGGCUCCCCUGAGGAUUCCUCUGGAGCUAGGGGAGCAGUGGCAAAGGGCCCUGAGUCCUCAGUGGCAGUCACUGUGCAGUGCCACUUUACUGUAGCCCUGAAGGCCCCAAGAGGAGCUGGCCUGUCCAGUCUCAGGGCACUGCUGGCUCAAGCCCUCCUUCAUCAGGCGCAGAUGGGGCAGCUCAGGACUCUUCGCAGUUACCAAGCCUCAGAAGAGGAGAGGCUCUGGAUCCCUGUCCCCACGGAGGAAUCACUGCAGAGCAUGUGGAAGGAUGUGGCCCUGGGCCCAAGAGGGUUACAGCUCCAGUGCCGGCCCACCCUCCUGCCACAGGGGGCCGGGGGCCGACCAGUUCUCUACCAGGUUGUAGCUCAGCACGACUACUCAGCUCACAGGCCUGAGGACUUGAAUUUCCACCGAGGUGACAUGGUGGAUGUUCUGUGUGAAGUGGAUGAAGCGUGGCUGGAGGGACACUGCAACGGCUGCAUUGGCAUUUUCCCCAAGUGCUUUGUGGUCCCACUUGGUGCCUGUGAAGAAGCCCUACCUGCCCAGGGACCCCAGCCAGAAGAACAGCACUAAGCAAUACUGUGGCAAGGCUGCUUUUAAUAAAAACUAUCCCCCUCA